GACUGUUACUUUAAUACUUUAACGCAAUAUUUGUACUACAAUAAUGUUACAAGUAAAUGAUUUACAAUAAAUGAUUACAGAUGUAUCACAUGUAAAUUAAAGAGUAUUGCAAUGCAUUAUGCUAAUAAGGUGUGUGAUCUUGAAUGUGGAAAAAAACCGGUCAAGUGUACGCACGAAUUCGUGGGCCCAGUAAAGAUAGUGUUAGUUGAAUCAACUGCAGUUGACUAUCAACGCAAAAUCUGGGGUUCAGCUGCAUUUACAUUGGCCACGAUGUUAAUGGGAGCUACCGUUUUCGCAGUAUUUUUGUUUACUUUGUCCUUUAAAUUACCAUUGUUCGUUAAUUUGCACGUGGUGCUAUGUACUAUGGGAUUUCACUUAUUUACGACGACUGGGAUUCUGAUGUUCAGUUCUUUAUUUGGUGGAUCAAUGCACCUGACACCAGAUGACAGAAAGGUGCAGCAUAUAAUUUUAGAAGUAUUUGGUUUUCUCAUUGGCUGGGCUGGAAUCCUCCUCAUGAUUGAAUAUCAGGAACUAACUGUGCACGCACUUACAGGCUUGAUUGGAGCAAUCCUAGCAGUACUCAGCAGUGUAAUUGGUCCCACAGUAUAUCUCACAGGUCCAAAAAAGUUUGGCCUGUUCAAGAAGAAUGCGCACAGAGUCUUCGUAAUACCAACUUUCAUAUUGUUAACCGUAUGCUUUGUUCUGGGGCUAAUGAAAGCAAGUUUCAUAAAAUGGACACCAAUCAAACAUUUACAUUAUAUCUUAAUUGCCUUUACCGUAUUAUAUUCUGUAGUUACUAUGGUUUCCAUUAUAUUGAGGGCUAUGUAUGGCACUUAAA